AUGGCGGCGACCGCGGGGGCCUAUGAGAAGCUGAAGCUGCACAUAACACCAGAGAAGUUUUACGUGGAAGCUUGUGAUGAUGGAGCAGAUGAUGUUCUUGCCAUUGACAGAGUCUCCACAGAGGUCACUCUUACAGUUAAGAAAGAUGUUCCCCCUUCAGCUGUUACAAGGCCUAUAUAUGGUAUUUUGGGAACAAUCCGUCUGGUGGCAGGCAACUAUCUCAUUGUAAUAACAAAAAAGAAAAAAGUAGGUGAAUGUUUCAGUCAUGCAGUCUGGAAAGCAACUGAUUUUGACAUCCUCUCCUACAAAAAGACCAUGCUGCACUUAACUGAUAUUCAGUUGCAGGACAAUAAAGCCUUUUUAGCAAUGCUUAGUCACGUCUUGAAUGUGGAUGGAUUUUACUUCUCUACAACAUAUGACCUAACGCACACUUUGCAAAGGUUAGCCAACACCAGUCCAGAAUUCCAAGAAAUGAGCCUACUAGAGAGGGCAGAUCCACGGUUUGUGUGGAAUGGGCAUCUUCUUAGAGAAUUUGCUGCUCAGCCAGAGAUACAUAGGUUUGCUCUUCCAGUGAUGCAUGGAUUUAUAGCUAUGCACUCUUGUUCCAUAAAUGGAAAGUAUUUUGACUGGCUGCUUAUCUCUAGAAGAAGCUGUUUCAGAGCUGGUGUACGUUAUUAUGUGAGAGGUAUUGAUUCAGAAGGACAUGCAGCUAAUUUUGUUGAAACAGAACAAAUUGUACAUUACAAUGGGAGCAAAGCUUCGUUUGUCCAGACCCGUGGAUCAAUUCCUUUUUUCUGGUCACAGAGACCAAACCUCAAGUAUAAGCCAAAGCCACAGAUCAGCAAAGUAGUAAAUCAUAUGGAUGGCUUCCAAAGACAUUUUGACUCUCAGAUAAUUAGCUAUGGAAAACAAAUGAUUGUUAAUUUGGUUAACCAGAAGGGCUCAGAGAAGCCUCUUGAACAAACAUUUGCAAAAAUGGUAAACAGCUUGGGAAAUGGAAUGGUCAGAUAUAUAGCAUUUGACUUCCAUAAAGAAUGCAGUCGAAUGAGGUGGGACCGACUCCAGCUCUUGAUGGAUCAACUCGCAGAACAACAAGAUGAGUUUAGUUAUUUUCUAGUUGAUUCUGAUGGUAAAGUGGUGACUCAGCAGGAAGGAAUAUUCCGCAGUAAUUGCAUGGACUGCCUGGACCGGACUAAUGUGAUUCAGAGCCUAUUAGCACGUCGUUCUCUGCAAGCACAACUGCAGAGGUUAGGUGUUCUGCAUGUUGGACAGAGAAUUGAAGAACAAGCACAAUUUGAAAAAAUCUACAAAAAUGCAUGGGCUGAUAAUGCGAAUGCUUGUGCCAAACAAUAUGCUGGAACUGGUGCCUUAAAGACAGACUACACAAGAACUGGGAAGAGAACUCAGUGGGGCCUAAUAAUGGAUGGCUGGAACUCAUUAAUACGUUACUACAAGAACAACUUUUCUGAUGGAUUUAGACAAGAUGCUAUCGAUCUGUUUCUUGGAAAUUAUUCAGUGGAUGAAGUAGAGUCUGUCAGCCCUCUACAUAUACAGAAGGACUGGAAGUUCUUGGCUUUGCCUAUUAUUAUGGUCGUUGCUUUCUCAAUGUGCAUUAUCUGUUUGCUUAUGGCUGGUGAUACAUGGACUGAGACACUGGCUUACGUGCUCUUCUGGGGAACUGCAAGCUUUGGAACUUUAGCUAUCAUCUUUUACAAUGGCAGGGAUUUUGUAGAUGCACCAAAACUGGUCCAGAAAGAGAAAAUGGACUGA